GUCCCCGCCGCCGCCGCCGCCGCCAUGAAGACCCCCGGCGUGGUGCUGCGCGAGGGCGAGCUGGAGAAGCGCAGCGACAGCCUGCUGCAGAUGUGGAAGAAGAAGCGCGGCGUGCUGACGCCCGACCGGCUGAGCCUGUUCCCGGCGGGGCCCGGCGCGCGCCCCAAGGAGCUGCGCUUCCACUCCAUCCUCAAGGUGGACUGCGUGGAGCGCACCGGCAAGUACGUCUACUUCACCAUCGUCACCACCGACCGCAAGGAGAUCGACUUCCGCUGCGCCGGCGAGAGCUGCUGGAACGCCGCCAUCACCCUGGCGCUCAUCGACUUCCAGAACCGCCGCGCGCUGCAGGACUUCCGCGGCCGCCGCGAGCGCCCCGACGCGCCCGAGCCCCGCGCCGCCCGCGCGCCCUGA